AUGUCACUUGAGGAACCAAAAGUGUACAUUGCGACAUAUUCAAGCACAGAUGUAUAUGAAUGUACGAUAAACAAUUCUCCCAUCAUGAGGAGAUGUAAAGAUGACUGGGUCAAUGCUACGCAAAUUUUGAAGUGCUGUAACUUUCCAAAGGCUAAGAGGACAAAAAUCUUGGAGAAGGGAGUGCAACAGGGAUUGCACGAAAAAAUCCAGGGGGGUUAUGGUAGGUUCCAAGGGACAUGGAUCCCACUAGCAGAUGCGCAGAGGCUAGCUGCCAGCUAUGGGGUGACGCCAGAUUUGGCUCCAGUGUUGUAUCUUGACGCUAGCGACCCUAAUAUGGUUAUACCCAAGAAGGUGAAGCAGGUCAACAAGGACGGGACACCUGUCAAGAGGAAGUACACCAAAAAGGCAAAGAAGCAGGAGGAUACUCCAUCCAAGAAGGUGAAGACAGACGGUCACCAGGGCCCACCACAAGAGUUUAAUCCACAGAAUUCAUUUGAAUCACUCUCGCGAGCCCAACCGCAUUUAUCACAGAAUUCGCAGCUAGGUGCAUCAUCACAACAGCAAUUGCAAUAUCAAAUGCCUCAAGGUGGCCAGCAGAUGCCUCCUACAUUUACACAGGCCGACUUUAUGAAUAUGGGGAAUGGCAUGCCAACAUUUACUGCUCACAACCAAGCUAUUCAAAAUGAAUUCCAGAAUUAUCAAAUGCAAUUCCAAAGGUUCCAACAUCAACAACAACAGCCUCAAACGCAGGGGCAACAGAAGUUCUACCGCGGAAACGUUCCAUAUCCGCAAGCUCCUGGUAUGCCGCCUCAAGCACAAAUAGUAGGAGGCUUUCAUCACACUAAGUUACCACUGUCUCAAUCUACUAAUGAAACGAACUUAUCUCAGGACGAGCAUCAGAAAGAUUCGGAUACAUCUCUAUCAUCUAAUGAAGAACAAUUCAAUGGCGAUGUCAAAUCUAAUAUGUACAUGAUGAAACAGGGGAAUCACUUAACCGGUGAGAUUGACAGCUCUAAAGAUCAUGAGGAGUACAAUUCCUAUUCGGCACAGCUAUUGAAAUUCUUCAGUGAAGAUAAUUCUAACAUUCCGUACUUUCUUCAUAACCCACCCUACGACUUUAAUAUAAACGAAGCCAUAGAUGACGAGGGUCAUACUCCAUUACAUUGGGCAGCAUCGAUAGGAAAUUACGUUUUGAUUCAUUUGCUUAUUUCAAAAGGCGCAAAUCCUUUGGUUGUGAAUAGUUUCGGAUUAAAUCCAUUAUCAAAAUUAAUAUCCUUUAAUAAUUGUUAUGAGUUGAAAAACUUUCCUAAGGUUUUGGAUGAUCUAGAAUUAUGUUUAAUCAAUACAGAUAUCAAUGGUAGAACACCGUUACAUUAUUUAUGCCAAUUCUCAAAGGUAAAAACAAAAUAUGAAAGCUUAAGGUAUUAUUUGGGUAUCAUAUUGGCUAAACUAACCUCAUUAUCCAAGAGUGCAAACAAUAAAUCGGUCAACUUAUUGAAAAAUGUAGUUGACCACCAGGAUGUUAAUGGCGAUACUUGUUUACAUUUGGCUGCUAAAUUUGGUUCCAAUAAAAUAUUCAAAUUCUUAGUAGGGUAUGGUGCAAGAGAUGAUUUGGUGAAUGUAAAUAACGAAACUCCAAGAUAUUUGAAUAUGCAAUACAAUCUUUUAAGCAACGGCAACGAUUUUGACCAACAGCAAUAUCAACAAUUAUCAGGCCAACAACGUGUUUCCCAAGAAAUGCAGACUGAAGAUCAACAACCAACCUUGCAUCCAGUGCAAAAUCAAAUAUUGGCAACUCCUAUCCAAUCUAAUUACCGUAACAAUGCUAUUGAAACUCCGGAUACACAACGUACAACUGUUCAAGAUGAUGAUAUAGAUGAUGACGAGGAUUCAAUUAAUGCUAGAGUUAACAAGGAACAAUUAGACCAGUUAAUGACGCAAUCGCAAACUAAUAAUGUGGAGGAUAAAGAAAAUAUCUUCAUUGAUGAUUCAUUGAAGGCCUAUAAUCCAAUGUCGACCCCAGUGCGAAAUCCAAAGACUAGCUCUAACUUAUCCACCUCGUCGUCUCACCAACCAUUGGCAGUUAUUUCCGAAAGAACAGUAGAGAAUACUCCUAUAAAGAAUGAGGACAAGAAAUUUGUAUUAGGACCAUCUAUUACGCAAACACACAAACCUCAUCCUCCAAAAUUGGAUGAUGAAGGUAGACUUAUAGAACAUUCGAAAGCAGUGAAGGAGGAAGGCGAAAUUAAUCUGACAACACUUCUGAUGACUGAUUUAUCGUCCAUGAUUACUGGAAUGAUCAACUCGUUAUCAGACUCAUAUGGUCAAGAAUUAACUCACUUAAAAACAACUUACAAUAAGCUUCAAUCAGAUUUGAUAGAAAAGGAAAAAUCUAAUGGUAAAUCGCUUCAUAAAUUUGAGGCCUUGUUGAAGAAAGGUGGAAUCGAAAACUUCGAGAGCAUUGAACAAGGCAAGUCCAUAUUGCAAGACGAAAUCAGACUUCAAGAACACGAGUUAAACGGUAAGGAAAUUGCAUUGCUUCAAGCGUUGGAGAAGACUCAAGCUUACCAAUUAGCCAACUUGGUUGAAAAAUAUGAACUGAAUCUCGAGAAUGAUAAUGACAAUGAUUCUGGAGACGAGUUCAAGGAUGAGGAAAGAUUGAGUUUUGCAAUUGAAUUGACGAAUCUUCAAUUGCAAAGAAACAAAAUAAUCAACGAAGUUACCAAUAGAAUAAAGAAUUACGGGAUUGAUUCUAAGAUGUACAAGUAUAGAAAGUUGAUUAGUUUGAGUUGUGGGUUGAAAGUGGAAGAUAUUGAUGGUUUAAUCGAUGGCAUUGAAGAAUCCUUGAUGGAAACUUCAAUGACUUGA